CGUGCAGGGGGAGGAGGCGAGCGCUGCCCUGCGCGGGGACUGGGGCGCCGGGUGCUGGGCAGCUGCAGCCGGGUCACCGAUGCGGUGGCGCCCGCGGACACGCUCGGGAUGGAGGAAUGGAGAGGCCCGGGAUACUUAGAGAGCGCGAGAUUGGCGGGGAGGGCUCCUGGCGUUGUUUGUUUAUGAAGAUCCUUCAGUCAUUGCAGCUGUCCCCCUUGAAAGGUUGGAGGUGAAGAUAGAGGGCAUAGUGUUGAAUUUCUAUAAGGCCCCUACACACCGUCAGGAUGGCCCUUCUGUUUUCUUGGGGAAGGAUGUGAAGGUGGGAGAAGUUCCUGCUGCUGUGGGCAAAGAAAACAACGAAGGAGAAACAAUUUGUGGUUUGGAUUGAAGGACACAGAAGAGGUUGAAAUAUUCCGGGAUCCAUCUCCUGAAAUUUAACUUUUCAAGAUGAAGUUUUUAUUGGCGAUUGCCUUUUUUAUUUUAAUUUCCUUGUGGGUUGAAGAAGCCUAUUCUAAAGAGAAGUCUUCAAAGAAGGGGAAGGGGAAAAAGAAGCAGUAUCUAUGCCCAUCCCAGCAAUCAGCAGAGGACCUCGCCCGAGUGCCUGCCAACUCCACUAGCAAUAUCUUGAAUAGGCUAUUGGUCAGUUAUGAUCCCAGGAUAAGACCAAAUUUCAAAGGUAUUCCUGUUGAUGUAGUAGUCAACAUUUUUAUCAACAGUUUUGGAUCCAUUCAAGAGACAACGAUGGACUACAGAGUUAACAUCUUCCUGAGACAAAAAUGGAAUGAUCCCAGGCUGAAGCUCCCUAGUGAUUUUCGGGGCUCGGAUGCAUUGACAGUGGAUCCCACAAUGUACAAGUGUCUGUGGAAACCUGAUUUAUUUUUUGCAAAUGAAAAAAGUGCCAAUUUUCAUGAUGUAACGCAGGAAAAUAUCCUCCUCUUUAUUUUUCGGGAUGGAGAUGUCCUCGUCAGCAUGAGGUUAUCUAUUACUCUUUCAUGUCCGUUGGACUUGACCUUAUUUCCCAUGGACACACAACGUUGCAAGAUGCAACUAGAGAGCUUUGGUUACACCACUGACGAUUUACGAUUUAUCUGGCAGUCAGGGGAUCCUGUUCAAUUAGAAAAAAUUGCCUUGCCUCAAUUUGAUAUUAAAAAGGAGGAUAUCGAAUAUGGUAACUGUACAAAAUACUAUAAAGGCACUGGGUACUACACUUGCGUGGAAGUCAUCUUCACCCUAAGGAGACAGGUCGGGUUUUACAUGAUGGGUGUCUAUGCCCCAACCCUGCUGAUUGUGGUUCUCUCCUGGCUGUCCUUCUGGAUCAACCCAGAUGCAAGUGCUGCCCGAGUGCCCCUGGGUAUCUUUUCAGUACUCAGCUUGGCCUCUGAGUGCACAACCCUUGCUGCUGAACUGCCCAAAGUAUCCUACGUGAAGGCUCUUGAUGUAUGGCUCAUUGCUUGUCUUCUCUUUGGGUUUGCUUCCCUGGUGGAGUAUGCUGUUGUUCAGGUGAUGCUGAAUAACCCCAAACGAGUUGAAGCAGAAAAAGCCAGAAUUGCUAAGGCUGAGCAAGCAGAUGGGAAAGGUGGAAACGCAGCUAAAAAGAAUACUGUGAAUGGUACGGGGACUCCAGUUCACAUUAGCACUUUGCAGGUUGGUGAGACCAGAUGCAAAAAAGUUUGUACUUCUAAGUCUGACCUGAGAUCUAAUGACUUCAGCAUUGUUGGAAGCUUACCAAGAGAUUUCGAAUUAUCCAAUUAUGACUGCUAUGGAAAACCUAUUGAAGUCAACAAUGGACUUGGGAAAUCUCAGGCAAAGAACAACAAGAAGCCGCCCCCUGCCAAACCUGUUAUUCCAACAGCGGCAAAGAGAAUUGACCUUUAUGCAAGAGCGCUGUUCCCUUUCUGCUUCCUGUUCUUCAACGUUAUAUAUUGGUCUAUAUAUUUAUGAUAAAUCUUUUCCAUUUAUAUAAAAUAAAAUCCCAUUUCAUUAUGACUAACCUCAUUCAUAAAUGCCAAUCUGUGAAAAAAAAACUGCAUUUUCAUAGCAAUAUAUUGCAUUUUGGAUGCCAUUUGAUUGUAAGAAAAAUGUGGCACCUUAAUUUUGAAUGGCAGCAUGGUCUUGUUACAUCUGUGCUCUAAUAAUGAUGUAUAUAUGUAUAGCGAACAUACUGCUUUAGGAAUACAUGAAGGAUAAGCAUACUACAUAAAAUAAAAUCCAAACAAUUUUCUUUAGUUAAUGUAUAUUGCAAAUACUUCAGAUGAUUCUGGUAAUAAAACAAUGUGCACGCUGAAUCCUGUUAUGAUCACCAUUCUAAUGUAUGUAGUAUUUCAAAUUUCCUUCCUUGUAACUUUCAGAGAAAGCCAUCUUAUUCUUGUAUAAUUUUAGAUGGUAUUAUCACAGAUUAAGCAAAAAUUAUAUUACAUAUUGUUUAAACUUUGUAAGUAGAAAUAUAUCAGCUAUAAUUAUGUGGGCUCCAUGGAGAAAUAAAAUUCAAACAAUGACUAAUUUGUAAAAUUAGCUCAUUUUAAAGUGUGCCUGUGUUGUCAAAAUGCCAGAAAAUAAAACACAGUAAGCACUUUUGAAACAAAGGGAAGUCUGGAUUUAUGUAAAUUCAUACUCAAUUCUGGCUUCUGAUAAAAUAAAAAUAAAGGAUAGAUACACUGAUCAAAUAUUUCUGAUAAAAGAAAUUCUAUUUAAUCCACCUUAAAAUUUAAAUAUAUUUUCAUGUAUUAAUUUUGUUGAUACAGAGUAUACAAAAUCAUUGUGCCUUAAAAGAGUGAUAUAUAUUUUAAAUUGGAAUAUAGUACUGGAUAUGUGAUUUCACAUCAUUUUUAAGAAACCCAGAGGAAAAUACCCUAUUACUAGAAGUAACUGGAGUUGGGAAAAAAACCCAUAAUCAUUUAAGAAUUUUAACUUCUUUAUUUUAUUAAAAUAUUUACAUAUUUUUAAGCAAAAUUAUUUUUUCUGAAGUCAUUUCUUAUUUCUAUAUUUAUUUGAAUAUUUUUAGAUUUGUUAUAAAACAUUUAAAGUUUAAGUAAAUAAUAUCUUUGUUCAUGUUAAGGCUCACUUCUACUUAUGUUAUCUUUCUUGCUCAAAGUCUUGCUACUUAGAUUUACUUACUUUGAUCUUGUUUCAACCUGAAAACGGGCACCUUUUGGUCUAUAAGACUCCCAUUCUUGCUAAUAUCACAGCCAUUGUAACUUUUUUAUUUCUCAUAGCUAAAAUUAGAACUGUCAGUAAUUAACAUAAACAUGAGACCAAAGUAAUAUAUUUACAUUAUUUGGAAAGUUUUGUUGUAGCUGAGAGUUUAUAUGGUCAAUUCGAUAAUAAAAUGUGUUUAAAUAUUUUUUAUGCUAAUUGCCAUAUGUAAAUCAAGGCUAUUUUAUUGAAGACUUUAAUUUUUAAAAGAUUCUCACUGAUUACUAAAUUUAAAAAAGAGAGAGAUGUGAUCUAAUCCUAUAUAGUCCUUCAGCACCCGUAGUUACAAAAGUUUAGCCAUAUGAAUAGGUUUAAAAUGCUACAAGUAAUCCUAUCGAUGGACUUCAAUAUCCUGCUAGGACCCCAGCAAUAACAUUUUAAUGGAACUGUGGUAAGAAAAAAUGUGUCUUGGAUAGGACUUAAACCAUUUAAUUUUUUAUUUAUAAUAAUUAUAGUUGCUUAUAUUCUCCUUUAUACUUGCAAGUUUUAUUUAUAUUGGAGGUUUGAUUUAGUUUUAAGUGGAAAAUGUACCAGAUGUAAGACAUGUCUCAUUAUAUAAGAAUUUAUUUAUUGAAAAUAAUGUGAAUGAAUUUUUUGUAAUAUAACAUUAUAGCCUCUUAAGAUCAAUUUUAAUACCCAAAUAUAUAUAAAUAGCUAUCCCACGAUUAAGUGUGUAUGUAUAACUAUGAAUGGAACAUUAGAUAAUGAUCAUAACAAAGAAGUACAAUCAGUGUCCACUAACUGUUGCUUUAUAAUUGUUAUCUCAAGGAUUUGGUCACUUAGUCCCAGAGUAGUUCUGAUAUGUGUAUUUGAAACAUUAUGUCUUUCUAACUGUUGCUUUAUAAUUGUUAUCUCAAGGAUUUGGUCACUUAGUCCCAGAGUAGUUCUGAUAUGUGUAUUUGAAACAUUAUGUCUUUCUAACUGUUGCUUUAUAAUUGUUAUCUCAAGGAUUUGGUCACUUAGUCCCAGAGUAGUUCUGAUAUGUGUAUUUGAAACAUUAUGUCUUUCUAAGAGUCUUGCAGUAUAUUUACCUGGAUAUUCAGUAUCUCCAAAAUAAAAAUUAUCUUCUCACAAA